AUGGUAAAAGAUGUGUCGCUUGCUCUAGCCCAGAAGCAGAAAAAAUUCAUUUUGUGGCCGUCUCUCGCCGAACUGCAAGUAGUCAAGCGAGGGUUUUACGACAAGGGAGGGUUCCCUGGUGUAAUUGGCUGCGUCGACGGGACCCAUGUGAGGAUUCAGGCACCCAGCACGAACGAAAACGAUUUUGUUAACCGGAAAGGAUUUCACUCCAUCAAUGUACAAGCAAUGUGCAACCAUAAUGGUAGGGAACACAAAGCGAAAAUAAAUGAAUCAUUUAUGCCAACAAUGUCAUUGCCAAGUACAAAAAGUUUCAUCCAGGGCAGGGGGUUGGUGAUGGAAGCCAUCUUUUGA